AUGAAUGGCUACAAAAAGAGUGUAAAGUACAACAUCAAUUACCAACAACAGUUGGCGAAACGACGUUAUGACAAGGAACGUGCCAAUCCAGUUUAUCAUCCAGGUGAUUUAGUAUUUAUCAAACAGCAUAGUAAACGUCCAAAAUUCGGUGAAUUAUAUUCUGCACCAUACAAAGUGAUACAACAACAACAUCCACACGCAUAUUUAGUGGAAGAUGAAGAAUCAUCAAUUCAAGAACAGGUUCAUGUCAGCAGAAUACAACCUGUUUAUCAACGAAUGAUCUAA